GUUUUUAAUGAAUUGCACAUCGUACACGAGUUUGCAAAACAGAUCUUACUUCCUAGUCAGCUGAUGGUCAAAUUGCGUUUUGGCCAACAUGUCUGAUAACGGACAGAGUGAGUCGUUCGCGGUCGUGUAACAUAACGUGAAAAUGUUUGUGAAAAUUCGCAGUGUUUGUCAAUAUCAGCUGUGAAAAUGUCAGAUAGCUGUUGUGGCAGCUAUGGACAAGAAAAUCGUUGGGAAAUCGUCGUAAAUUCCAUGUCAGCACGUAUUUCUAAUUUUGGAUUUUUUUCGAAGACCGUUCCUAAAUUGCCUUAAAAUGCUGUUCGUAUUCCAAGUGGACACUGGCCGUAUGAUGACUUUCGAUAUGAGCCUCGCUCUAGAAAGCGUACAAAAUUUAAAAUCACACGUGGAGUUAGCAUUUAAAAUUCCCGUCGACAAACAAGUCUUGCUGAUCAGCGGUGGAGAGCAUUUGCGUCCCGAAGACAGAGUCUGCUCUUAUCCGGCAGGGACCGAUACGAAUCCAAUUUUUCUAUUUAGCAAAGCUGUCAUCGAGUCCGAUCAACCGCCGGCAGCUAGUGUUGAUUAUGGAUCAGAGCAGGAUCUUUCCAGUAAAGUUAAAGAGUCGAGUGAAUUACCGGCGACUUUGGCCACCGUUCAGAAAAGAACGCAACUCGCUCGACUGUUCUGUGAAGUGAGUCAAAGUCAAAUGGCGACGUGCGAAAAGUUGGUCCACGAACAACAUUUACAACAACAAGGGUGGUCGGCGGUUGUUGCCAAUCUUGAGGAUUUAUAUUCUGACUUGAAACAUCGAUGGAAACUCUACCAGGACGCUUUUAACGAAUAUAUAGCAAAGCGCGACUCGUAUUUAGAAUUUUUAAACCAUUUCAAAGAUGAUCUCCUUGUGUUACAAAAAAUUCCUGUGUUACCUGCCCUUAUAGAAUCACAAAAGUUACUAGUACCUGAGCAAGAUGAUUUCCCUGAGGAUAAGCAGUCGGAGAGUGUCAAAGGGGAAAUGACACUUCAUGAGUGGAUAUCCCAGAGGGAUGAUUUUAUGGAUUGUUUGUUUGAUAUUUGUUCGAAAGGAUUGAUACAGACCGAUGAAAGGGAAUUCCUCGCGUUGCAAGAGGAGAUCGAGACGAAAUUAGCAAUGACCGACGAUGCAACAAUGAAAGAAAUCAAAGGCUUGGGUGAUCGACUUUUCGGUUUAGAAAAACUAAUGGUUGACGCAAAACGUUACGUUACCGAGCAGAUGAGACUGGCCGAGAGUUUUCAGAGAAAUCAAAGUCGAGCGAAUCAGGUCAAGGAAACAUCGGUGUUGCCGGCUCUUUGCGCUACUCAUCUUCAACAGCUAGACGUCCUUUUGGAAAAUCAUAACCGUUUGCGCGAUAUUACGCGACGUUGUAUCCUCGCUAAAGAUGAGCUUAGUUCUAAUUUAUAUCACAGACUCAAAUGGAUUGUGUUCAUGGAAGAUAAUUUAUCCGAAUUCGACAAUAAAUUAGUGUUUCAUUUUCAAAAUUUGUUAAGUUUGCAACGACAAUUGGAGAUUUUGCAACAAGUUCACACAGCACCAACGAUUUACCUUUCGUCGAUUGUCGAAGUUGUUAGAAGACGGAAAGUGUCGCAGGCUUUUUUAUUAUGGGCUUCUGAUGUCGCUUGCCAUUUAUUAACAAUAUACAAUGAAGAAAUCGCUAGGCGGAAAGAUUUUCAAGCUCAAAUCGAGGGUCAUUUUCUUAGUAGUUUAUUUCCGGGAAUGGAAGAUUUCCCUCCUAGUUUUGCUACGCAAGCACCGAGUAUUUUCGAUUCUAGUUUGCCAAAACUUACUGAAGAGGAUGUAGAUGAGUUAAGGCGUGUAUUACCAGAUUUAGUCGAGUGUCUUCAAAUACCUGAUACUUCAGCUGUAGAAAAUUAUUUCAUGCUUAAAGACUCUAAAGACGAUUUAGAUAAAACUACGAAAACUGUCGAAGAUAAAUUGAUUGAAGUUGUUGCAGAAGUCGGGUUAGCUAGUAAUUUAGACCAGACGAUGUUGAAAGCUAUUGAGAACGAACCGCAACAAACAACGCCUCAUGGACUUCCUCAUCUUAAAGAUCUAGACAAUAAAUUGUUUCUUUUUAGGGGCUGCGAGUCGGAGACAGACACCGAAGAGUUCGAGAAAGUGGGCCAGAGUCCAUUUGAUCUCCACUUCGAUAAGGGAAUUCCAUCUUCGCGUCCGGGCACUCAAGACGCCUCCACUUUGACCGAGGAUAACUUGCAAAUUUCGAGGUCAGAAUAUGAGAAACUCCGUACGGUUCUUAUUCGACUGUCUCAGCUGAGUCGACAAGCUUAUACUAAUUUGAAAUCUGAGUUAAUUGAAGCUAAAAAUCAUAUACUUUGUGAGAAAGUCUUAGUUGAAGAUGCUUGUGGCAACCUUAAAACCCACAUAAAUAACAUAAUUAUAGAAAAAGACAAAACAGAACGCGAAAUAAUUCAACGUUUGACUGUUGAUCACGAGUUGGAAAUAAGCGAUUUUCGGAAAAUUGCUCAGUCAAAAAAUGAAGAAAUUAAGGGUUUGAGAGACGAAAAUGCCCGAUUGAGUACCGAAUUGAGGAAAGUUUCUCAGRAGAAUUUAGAAUUGAAGGAAAGAUUGGAGGCGAUGGCUUGCAACAACUCGAAAGAAAUGGAGGAUUUGAAGAAGAGAAUGGAUGAGGCUUUGCUUGAGAAAGAAAGGAAUAUGAAAGAAGAGACAGAGAGGCUUAAAAGCGAGUAUAAAAGCGAAAUGGAGAAUAUUAGAGCACGUUUUAAAUUAAUGACGAUGGAGAGGAGUCCGUCGGAGAAUAGUUUAGAAAAGAUAGAACGCGGGGAUUAUCCAAGUAUUACAAAUCAAGAGGCACUUUUGCUUCAAAUGACGGAGAAUUUUGAAUCAGAGAAAGAAGUGGCUGUGAGUGAUGCUAUCAGUAAGGAGAAUCAACGUUGGCAGAAAAUACUAGACGAUAGGAUAAAACAAAUGGAAUGUGAUUUUGAACAGGAGAAAACUUUUCUUAUUCAAGAUAUACAAAGUAGAAUUCAACAAGACCAAGAAAAACAAAUCAAUCAAUUAAGGGAACAGAUUAMUAAUUUAAAUUUGGAAUGUAUUAAAUAUAAGGAUACAAUUCAGCAAUUGGCAGAGUAUCGGGAAGAGAGUGAUUGUAAUGAAUUAAUGCGAAGGAUUGAUAGCUUAGAAAAAGAGAAAACUGUUCUUAAGAAUGAAUUAGAGAAAAUGAAAGUUGUCGAGGUUCCGACCAUGGCUGCUUCAGUUGCUGUUUGUGAAGGUGCUGCAGCUACCACGGAUGCUGCUACUAGUCCGGUUAAAACGAGGAAACGUAGCGAAGCCUCUUCACCAAGAGCGGGGAAACUAAACAUAGAUUCGUGUAAAGCAGGCGAUUUAGUAUUGGUAGUUUGGGACAUACAACACCAAAAUUUUAAAAUAUUACAAGAGAGUAGUUCUUUAUAUUUCCUUAACGCCGAAUGUCUUGAAUCUCUUGGCUUGAAAGUGGUCGAUGGACAACCUAAUAAGCUUUAUUGUUAUGCAGAAGUUGUUGAAAAGGAAUACUGUCAUGCUAGAAAGGACGAAAACUGUAGUGUCGUUUUUCAGCCUGUCAACCGGUUUAGGGUACCUCAAGGUACGAAAUUCUUCCGCGUGAAAGUGAAACCGCCCCCUUCAGGUAAAGAAGUACCUUCGACACAAUUUCAAACACCUAGUGCUGCUCCUCAAGCGAGUCAUAUGUCGCAGAGUCAGACGACUAUGUCGCAAGUGGUGGAUAUUAUUGCGACGGCUGGUCCUUCGCAUUCUUUACCCUCGAGUCCGUCAAAAGCCAGUUGGGAGAAGUCGGGAUCGCAGGAGGCGACGAUUCCCGAAGAGAAAGGUGAAGAUUCGACGAUAGCGCCGAGUGAGGAUAGUGGAGUGAAGGUCGAUGAGGAUAUAGAAAAAGGAACAGAAUUAACGGAGAAUUACCAUAUUGAUAAUCACAGUAUUGAUCGAUCGCAAAUUUGUGUAGUAGUAUAGUAGACCCAGGUACUUCAUAGAUUUACUAGGUAAGGUGAAAAAUUGAGUGGCCUUUAAUGUAUCAUCACUUAGAAAAGCAUCCCAUACUGAUGCAGUAUUCAUUUAAUUCUAAUCUAGCUCCACUGCAAAGUUAUUUUACUAACUGUUACUGAAACUAACAGUAUUCGAAAUUCCAUUAUAUCAUUGAUUUAAUUAAAAUAAAUUAUUACAGGAUUGAAGAAAAUUGCUGCUUACUGCUCUCCCCUCAAAAGUAAGAGUUUUCCUUAAUUUGUGUUAAUGUUAGUAAUGAAUUAUUUUAUGUGAUAUUUUAAUAUUGUAAAUAAAGCAUUAGUCCAUCACAACUAUAUAUGUGAUUCUGUGGUUGUUUUAGUAAGAAAUGGGUAUUGGUUCAGGUUACCGUUUUUGUUCAUUAUGUCAGUCCAGGAUUCAAAAAUUGUAUUGGUGACAGAAUAUUUAUUUUAUUUAUCUAACAAUAAAUUAUUUUUUGCUUUUUUUCUCGAAUAUAAUAAAUAUUCUGUCUGUAUUAUGGCCUUAUGGAUUAUUGAAUCAAAAAUGUAGCUAUUACUUUUCAAACUAUAGAAAAUAGUCUACUUUUGAUAUUUAUAAAUAAUUUAUUUAAUCAUAUAUCCAUCUCACUACUUUUAAAAACUUCAAUCGCAUAAAUAGAAUAAGUACUAGAAAAAAAUUCAAUCACAAAUUAUGCCCAUUUGUUUAGUGAGUUUUUUUGCAGUUACUUUGUGGCGUGAUGCAAGAGAAUGACUUUUAUAACUGAAACGCGUUAUUGACGAUUUUGUUUCGGUUUAGAUUUGCGUUGAUGAAUAGAUUAGUGUAUGUGUUUUUAAGCUUGUAUAAGUGAUUUUUCUGAACAUUAGGACUAAAUUAACGUAACAUUUACAAAUUUUUUAUAAGGAACGCAAGUGUGCAAUAAAUAAAUAUAUCUAAACAUA